CAGAAAGUCGGCUUCCAUCGGUACAUCAGCCCAAAGAAAAGAACUACUUGACGACUUGACGCUGGAUAUGCUCAAUUUUCGACGCUUCAGGAGUCAUUUUGAUGUCCUAACUCAUGCUCACACAGUCAGGAUAAACGUCAGCGUUGCAACACUGUAAACUACAAAUUUCGACUGAGCAUCUCCGUGAUGGCUUUGCAACGGCGUCGCAACUCCAGACUCAACAGCUAGAUCUUGCUCGGCUGUGUGUACGCGUGGUAUCGCCGGUGGAAGCUGUUCAGUAUGCCAGGGGUCCGUCAUUUUUGUUGCCCGAGGUGCCAAUGGAGGGAAUUUACGUUGAAAUCUCUGUUCCGUCAUCUGCAUGUGGCCCAUGGCAGCGAGUGCAAUUGGACCUGCGGACUGAGCGGGUGCAUGCGGUCUUUUCCACGUUUUCCUUCUUAUCGAAAACAUGUGUUCCACAAACACAGUGAGCUCCUUCAGGGAGAAGCAAGCAACACGCCCACUGAUCUUGAAGAUGCCCAUAACCAGUCUUCCACCCAAAGUGAUCUGAGUGUGCCUCACGGUGCUGGUACAUCAUCCGACGUGAUAGCUGAAGACAGCCUUGGAAUUUCCGAAAGUGAGGAGGAUGCAACUACAGAGGAGCCAGAUUACCUGAGGCAGCUUGCUAUGUUACUUCUGAAAUGGAAGGAAGGCAAGCGACUACCGGAAACAACCCUCAACGAAAUUGCCGGUGACGUAAUAUGCUACAUUCAGGGCAUUGCUGAUCGUGUAUCAGAAUCUGGGCAGCAGGUGGAACUUCUGUCUAGGAUCAGGGACCAGAUCGAAGUAUUGACAACACAUAAUGGCAGAGAUGACUACUGGAGAUCUCACCUGCCAUUUGUGGAACCUGUGUCCAUUACAUUGGGAACCAAUGAACAUGGGAAACGCUGCAUAUUUCACUAUGUCCCCAUAUGCGAAGUGCUAAAAAAAUUGCUUGAUGUUCCGGAGGUGUACAGCAGCUUCUGGUACUCGGAAACAGAGGACGGCUACCUGUCAACACCCUUCGAUGGAACAGCAUUCCAGCAGCAUUCAUUCUUCAAGGGGGACCGGAAAAAGAUAUGUGUUCAGUUAUAUGCUGACGAGUUCGAAGUCUGCGAUCCGUUGGGGAGUAAGAGAGGCAAGCACAAGCUACUGGGUGUGUACUUCUCCGUCCUCAAUGUUCCCCAGCGAUCAACGCUUUCACAGAUCCACCUUGUGCUGCUGGUCAAAGACAAGGAUGCGUCAGCAUAUGGCCUUCAGAAGGUUUUCCAACCUCUCAUGCAAGAUAUCCUCAAACUGGAAGAGGAGGGGAUUGUUGUAAAUGGAGAAAUUCACAAGGGAACUAUUUUCGUGGUGACUGGAGAUAACCUUUCAAGCCAUCGCAUUGGUGGAUUCAAGUGUAGCUUUAGUGGUGGCAGGAUUUGCCGUUUUUGCUUGGCACUGCGGAACGAGAUCAGCCACAAACACUUGGAAAGUGACUUUGUUAUUCGAUCACCCGAAGGGCAUCUUCAUCACCUGCAAAUGCUGAAGAACGGAAUCCCUACCUUGUCCCUAUAUGGUGUACGUGAGUCGUGCCCGUUGAGCACGAGUGGCUUUCAGCCCACCGAACAUUUUCCACCCGAUGUCAUGCAUGACGUUUUAGAGGGUGUUAUUCCGUUUGUGAUGAAGCAUAUCAUUGGUCACCUGAUAUCGAACAAGUUCUUCUCCCUCGACCACCUCAACCAGCGCAUUGUAACAUAUGGCUAUGGCAUGUGUGACUCAAAAAAUAAGCCUGAGAAGUUGUCACAGGAGUUCCUAAAAGGCAAAGGUUCGAUGAAGGGAAGUGCGUCCCAGAUACUUUGCUUUUUUAGGCACUUCACGUUGUAUGUUGGUGACUCCAUUCCCUCGGGAAACAGUGCCUGGGAACUCUACCUUCUCCUGCGAGAGAUUGUGGACUUGGUUAUGAGCCGGAAGCUGCCGACCCACUACGUCCCGUACUUACACCGGCUUAUCCAUUUUUUCUGCAUAGACUUUCAAAACCUGUUCCCACAAACUGCUGUUCCCUGCAAACUGCAUUUCUUGGUCCACUAUCCAUCCCUUACCUACAAGUACGGUCCCCUUGUUAACCUUUGGGCCAUGCGUUUCGAGGGGAAACACCAGUAUUUUAAAGAUAUGGCACGCAAGCUACACAGUUUCAAGAAUGUCACGCGUACUUUAGCAUACAGGCACCAGUACCUUCAGGCGUACAUCUUGUCAGAAGCAUUCAAGACUGACUCUCUUUCUGUUGCUGGAAGCCGACCAGUGGUACCCGAGCACGUUGCAGAGGUAGUGAGGUCUUACAUUGAGCUCAGGAGCACUGAGGUGCCAAACAUUUCCAUUCUGAAUUCAGUGAAGCUUGGAGGGAUGCUCUUUGUUCCUGGUGCACCGCUGCUUUACAGAGUCAAUGGCGAUGAUCUCCCAGACUUCAUUCAGGUGUGCAAUAUCUACUCCAUUAACAAGGAGAUAAUUUUUGAGGUCCGUGAACUCCUUACUGUAGAGUUUGAUAGGCACUAUCACGUUUAUGUGGUCUGCUUAACAGACAAUUGCUUUGUCGUAACUGACAUUUCAGGCCUUAAAACUGAUGUGUUAUGCCUUGCACAAAAGGGUGACAAAUACAUAGUCAGUGCUCGCAGUGCUCUGCUGUAGAGGAAGGAGAGCAAAUAUCAAACGUCAUUUGACAUGCACAUAUGUGAUGCCGUGCUGCUCUUUACUUCCUUCUCAUGCUCUUUUCCCCUUUAUGAUAUAUUUUGUUGUGAAAACACAAUUCUGAUGUAUAGUCACACGCGUUCACAUGUGUUUGAACUGUUUCCUUUGACGGUGCCUGCAGCAUUGUGCACACUUGCUCAAGGCACAUUGGCUUCCUUUCCUUCCUGUUACUCUGUGCUCAAGCCAAUUAUUGAGAUGGUCAGCAUAUUUUACAACAAAUGUAUAUAUAUGUAUGUAUAUAUAAUAUAUAAAUAUAAUGUGUAUUAGAAAGCA